GUGUGCUUUAGACGAGAAAAGAGCCCGUGAUAGCACUUUAAGUAUAAGUAAACAAUGUCAUCCCUUGCAACGGGAAGUGCAUGGUCAAGCAAGAGAACUCAUUUUGAUAUUGCCUCGCAUGGACUAGUUGAGAAGAGCAUUCAUACUAUUACAGAUGAGAAGCUAUCGAACAAGACCAUGCUACAGUGUGGUACUACUAAAGAUACUGAUUCAUCGCUAAAAAGAAAACAUGAGUCUGAUGAACAAGGAUCCGAAGAUUUAAACACKGUUAAGAGACGGCAUAGAACGACUUUUUCCAAAUCUCAACUGGACGCGUUAGAAGAAGCAUUCAAUCGUUCACAGUAUCCUGACAUCUUCACACGCGAGCAGCUUGCCAAGAGAAUCAAUUUAAACGAGGCGAGAGUCCAGGUGUGGUUUCAGAAUCGACGAGCCAAGCACAGGAAACAAGAACGACAAAACCCUCGCGUACCUUUUCCUUUUCACUCAGGAAUCUUUUACCCACAUGAACCAACUAGCUAUCCUGCACUUAUCCCACCAUACUACCCUGUAUCACCAUCAACAUGUCAGCUAUCAACCCUUCCUGGGCGGUCUCUKCCAGACUCUUUAAGGUCGAUUACCAGUCCUGUAKGGUCUCCGUGUAGUUCCUGUCCGCCUGGUAGUUUCUGCUGCGACACAAAUCCAAGGAACAAAAUCUGGAAUCCCGCCAUAACGCGUUCUUCACUUUCUCCAAUAAAGAACCAUCAAGAAAGUAAAGCAGAACUUCUACGKGAUCGUGAUACAUAUCCUUGGUCAACAAAAAGUCUGGCGUUGUUYAGAAUGAGAGCACAAAGUUAUAAUCGCUAUGGAAGUAAUUCAUAACACAACAUAUCAAAGAAAAUACUUUAUAAUUCACUUAGCAUGAACGCAAUACGAAUUUUCGCGCAAACGCAUUCUGUGCAUUCAUGCCUUCUCAAAACGUUAAUUGUCUUGGCUAAGCCUUGCAGUCCUCUCUUAAUGUCUUUUACAAAGAAUUAACAUUUAUUGUACAUGUUUUUGUACAAAUCUCUCGUACGCCUCAGUAAUACAAUGACAGCGUCAGGUCUUUACAAUGCAGUUAUAUAUAUAUACAGUACUUUGGGAACUAUCUACAUAUAUAUCAACCAUUAGAUCUGUAUAGGGGUUUAAUGUAACUAAUAGACAUAAUAUUCAAUAUUUUGAGGGUAAAUAAUAAAUGUAUUUAGGAUAUUUAGAAGUAAUUAAGUGAAAUAAACAUUUUGUACUACAAUUGUUUUCUAUUGUGUCUUUGAAUGGGCGCAUGUUUUGAAUACAUCAUGCAUUGUGUCAAUAAU